AGUGCGGAGCCAGGCGCGCUCACACGCGGUCGCGCUCCUACACGGGCGGCGGAGGGUUCGUUCGCUUCGCCCAGUCGCCGGCGAGGCUCCGUAGGCGCGAGUGAUCGCGUGCGCGGUCGCGGUAGCGAGGGUCCGGCUGCGUGUAGUCGGUCGCCCGUUGUUUAUACUACACUGCAGCACGCAACAGUUGUGUCGUCGUCUAAUGUCGUGGACUGCAAAUCACUUUCCUCUCAACGAUACUAACAAGCACCACAAUCAAGUGAAGAAAGCUACGUGUCGGGUGCAGUGGCGAUGUAGUGGUGUGUCGAAGCCGCUGCUGAGUAAUACGAAGGUGCUGGAGUGUUGAAGCGGAUGAAAGUGAGCUCGUCAGCAGACGUCCUUUAAAGGAAACGAGGCCCUGUCAACUGCCUCGCGCUUGCACUCGUAAAUUUUGGAGUCUCUCUAAAAGAGCGCUGAGGAAAUCGAAUGCCAUGCCAGAGUACUUACGUCGGAGGAGGCGGAACUUCGACUUCACAAUCACCUUCCACACACUCGUGUGUGGUGUAUCCGUGUGUGAAAUGUCGGAACAGAACUGUUCUCAGAGAUACUGACAUAGGAGAACUACGUCUAAAGAACGUAAGCUGUGGCAGACGAGAGUGAUCGUACGUGAUUUCGAAUUUGGCUUUACUGUGGUGAUCGUAUCCCUGUGAAUAGCCUAGCGAAGUGGCAGCCCAGAGUUAGACGUCUGGAUAUUUUGAGUGGCACUCAGCUAUCCAUCACAGUCUCCACAGUCUCUAGAGGACUCGCCAAGGUUCAUCUCACAGGACGUCAUAUCUGCUCCGUCGGAGAGCUUUGUUUUGAUGGUUGUUAUUUUGGCUUGGUGCCAAAAAUACCGCCCCCGCUGCGUUUAGUGUGCAAAAAGCCUCUUAGUGGAGAGAUAACGCCAAAUGACUUGCAACCAGUGCCAAAUGACGAAUAAUGUCGACAAUAAAUGCUAAGACUAGAGUAAUUUUUAAAUAAAUGAAAGUAUGGAUGUGAAAAUAAAUCUGUACUGCAUAAUAAGUCUCGUUAACGAUGCACUCCAAUCGCUGAAAUAAGCUUUCGAUGUAGCUGCAGCAUGUGAAUUUGCUGGAGAUUGUUUUCAGAGAGUAAUACAAGAGUCCUUUGUGUUUCUCAUUGCACCGAGAAGGCUUAAUAUUCAAGCUAGACACCAUUCGCAACCUUGCAGUUUCUAAACAUCUUCUCUACAAUACGGGAUUGGCGUUCUGAACUCAACCGUGGUACUGCAGGACAACGUUUGAUUUUUGACAGAAUCAGUGAUCUAAAUUUUAUGUGGUACGUGUGAAACCCUCAGGUCUUUUGUAUAGUGAAAUACUGAAAAAAAAGUUAUUUAUUUAAUGUUCUAGAGACUACAUUUAACGUAUGUGUGAAAGUUUCGCGAUAAAGAUUUCUUCGUCAAGAGUGGGGAGACGAACUCGGCAAUCAAUGUAAAAAUACGUAAGACCAUUGUGCUUCUAAUUUCAUCGAAAUAACCGAAGACGAAUUACAAUCUCCACGUAUUUUGCUAGACGAUUGACAUUUGACGACGAAGUGAGAUGUGUGUCCACUGGAAGACAAAUGGUAUUUUGUGCGUUCUGAGAAGCCUUGAAAAAGGAAUGCAGUGUGGUACAUAAGACUGGCGCGGUGUUAGCUUGACGUGAAUUCGAGCUAUCUUCUUCUAAAGCUAUAGGACAAGUGCGUCGGGAUAAUUCGGUCUUCGAUAACGCAUUCCGCUGUCGUAAUGGCAUGGAAACGAUACUGACGUGCCGAGAUAUUCAUUCGUACGUUUUUUAUUAUGUGAGUCCUAUAUAAGAAACAAGUGGUGUAAAGAGAGAAGUGAAAGAAAGUGAUCUGAAUAAAGAUUAUACAAGUGUUUGUAACUAGAGUUAGUGGCAUCAACUUUCAUCCAAAGCGGAAUAAUUCUUCUUCUUUUCUCUCUUCUUUUCUUUUGACGCAAGGGUGUACACUACUGUUAACCUUCCGAAGGUUAGUGUGAUUCUUUUUGAGUGCUCUAUUACUGAAGAGAACUCUGGAAAGAGGCAGGUUACAGAGCGUAAUCUCCGCUAACUCUCGCAGAACAGUCUUACGACGUGAACAGUUAAACGAACACGAAGUAAUCGAAACACCUGUGUUUGCUGUAGCAGUGGCCUUUACGGAGAAGAGGAACUGUUGACUGAGUUAGAGAGUGGUCGGAGCGAGUCUUCUGGGGACUGAACGUUCACUGUAGUUGCCUCGGAGCUCGGAAGACUCGGCCACUUUGAAACAUGGAUUCCUCGGACACGGCCGAGACGAGCACCCCGCUGGCGCUGGCGGCGGCGACGAGCGGCGACCUGUCGGCGGCGAACGGCACGGCGCCCCCGACGGCCGCCGACGGCGGCGACCCGCUGCUGGUGUCUGCGGCGAUGACGGCGCUGUACGUGGCCAUCCUGGCGGCGGGGCUGGUGGGCAACGUGAGCACGUGCGCCGUGAUCGCGCGCAGCCGCCACCUGCACACGGCCACCAACUACUACCUGUUCAGCCUGGCCGUCAGCGACCUGCUGCUGCUCGUGUCCGGGCUGCCGCACGAGCUGUACAACAUGUGGGUGCAGCCGUACGCGCUCGGCCAGGCCGUGUGCGUGCUGCAGGGCUUCGCGGCCGAGACGUCGGCCAACGCGUCCGUGCUCACCAUCACCGCGUUCACCGUCGAGCGCUACGUGGCCAUCUGCCACCCGUUCCAGGCGCGCGGCCUCUCCCAGCUGUCCAGGGCCGUCAAGCUCGUCAUCGCCGUCUGGUGCGUCGCUCUCUGCCUCGCCGUGCCGCAGGCCAUCCAGUUCGGCGUGGUGGACGAGCCGAACACGCGAUGCAGCGUGAAGCAGCAGGUGAUGGAGAACGCGUUCCACGUGUCGACGGGCGUGUUCUUCGUGCUGCCGAUGAGCGUGAUCACGGUGCUGUACGUGCUGAUCGGACUGCGUCUGCGCUCGCCGCGCGCGCCCUCCGCCUGCGCCUCCGCCUCCGCCUCCGCCUCCGCCUCCGCGGGGGGCGGCAGCUCGUGCGGCGGCGGCUGCGUGUCGGCGGCCAGCUCGUGCCGCGGCUCCGGCGCCACCCUCAAGAGGCCCUCCAUAGACUCGGCCCGCCAGCCCGUGUCGCUCGCCGCCAACCAGAAGUACGUCAUCCGCAUGCUCGUGGCGGUGGUGGUGGCGUUCUUCAUCUGCUGGGCGCCGUUCCACGCGCAGCGGCUGCUCGCCGUCUACGCCUACAGCUCCGAGUCGCUGCGAUCGUCGGCAACUUUCGUCACCAUUUACCAGGUCCUCACCCACAUCUCGGGCGUCUUCUACUUCCUCGGCACCGCCAUCAACCCGCUGCUCUACCACAUCAUGUCGCACAAGUUCCGGCAGGCGUUCAAGGAGACGCUGUCGGAGCUGUGCGGCUGGAGGCGGCGCAAACGGCGGCCGAGGCGCGCCUACAGCGCCGUGUCGCCCGGCCACAAGGCGCCUGCGCGGUCACUGCCGCAGCAAUGCUACCAACACCAGAACCACCACCACCAGCAGCAGGCGGCGGCGGCAGCGCGACCUACCGGACGGCGAGCGGACGCUUGCGGCGAGCAGUUGGCACUCCUGCAGCGCGCCACGCCACCCAGGGCUGCGAGCAACGACAGCCAGGCCACGCUCACCACGUCGCUCAGCAGGAUCAGCAUCGGCGCAGACGAGCUGCCCGCCGCGGCCGCCGCCGCCGACCGCCGCCUAGACGCCAACGGCUGCUGCCACCACAAGCUGGAGCUCAUCAGCGAGCACUACUCCAACGAACGCACCAGCGACGGCAACGCGCCCACAGCGGCCGAGGAGCGCUCCUCCGUCAGCAGCCUCGCCAAGAAGAUCCGUGACGGCACGCGCACCAUCUUCAAGCGCGAUGUGGCCACCUCCACUGCCUCUGCUACGCCCGCCAACGCGUCCGAGCAGCGGCCGCUGCCAGAGCCCGGUCGCCGUUCGCCCAAAUUGCGGCACGCGGACUCGCUCCAUUUGAGCAUCGACAGCGCCAAGAGCACCAUCAGUAACUCCAGCUUGCAAGAUAUGGACGAGAUGGAAUUCGACAGUUCCGAGUUGGCCCACUACAUGGGCGAGCUUAAUGAACAGGGUCUGGCUCGGUAGGAGACGCCAUACAUCGGCUGUCCAUUCUUGAAGACCCCUAGAAGGUCAUCUUCAAAAGCAUCAACAAAAACCACCUAAAACUGAUGUAUAUUGUCUUGCUAGAACACUGUUUUCUCGCUAUGAAACAGUACGUUUGCGUAGUUAAAUUACUCGACCCUUUAAAAACAAUGCAUGUCCCACAACAUUGUAAGAAAUACCCUGACACAUAGAGUUAGCUCACACAAGCGGAGCGUCUGAGGUUACAAGGCGUCUCUCAUCAGCCAAUCAGUGCGUACGGGAAAUGACGUGGAAGCAACCGAAACAUAGUCGUGGGUUGUUUGAUCACGUUAUUUUUCCAUCUUCGCUUUUCCUCAGUAUAGGUGUUAUAACUGCACACCCUAAACCAAUCUCGCAAACAUGUUUGCAUUUCUCGACCAUCUGUGGUUUACAAGCAGUAUGAAGGAAUACUUCCAGUCAUUAUGCCCCCUGUUCUCAUGCAAUCGUCCCCCUCUAAAAUACACUGAAAAGAGAAUAGCUAGACUGCUUGCGAUUCUGGGACGGCUGUUGGCAGCAACUAAAUAAACUAUGAGAUUGUAAAUCCCGGGAAAUAAAGAGAGAAAACUCAAGUAGUUCCUCCAAGUGUACCUUUGCAAAUUUCCCAAAACAGAUGAGAAUGACGAAAUGAGUGAGAUAGACGUGGAAAUUGUAGUGCUGCAUAAGCCGGGUGCUUGGAUAGUUACACCCGUGUCGUGCUAAGAAAUCUGCAACAUUUAUGGAUUAAUAAAACACAAUAUUGUUACUCCUUAACGUGAAGAGGAUCGUGAGAAUAUACUUCGUUCGAGCAGGUCACCCACGCCAAUGUCUUGUCUCAACACGUAGUUUCCUAUAUCCGCAAAAAUUUAUCUGAAUUUUUCUCAGGUACAUGGUUUGGGGAUUCAUUUUAAAAAGCGAUAGUACAUUUCACUGUGGAAGAAUCUAUUUUCUUGCUUUGACUGAGGUAAAACAUGUAUUUCUGUGUUUAUGAAUUAGCUUAACCCAGUAUGCCUUCUUGUAUAAACUGAACAAACAUGGACCUGCGAAAUCUAUGCUGUUCAUAUUACAAGACAAGCAGUACUCUAUCGAAGAUUACACUGACUGGUUACCACUUGAUAGUAUAUCAUAAGCUGAUAAUGGACAAGUUGUCUCCAUCAGCACUAACUGAAUGAGGUAGUGGACCUAUCUGCAUAUUAGACCCGUACUCGGAAGUAAGGCUCAAAUGCCCAAACUACCGUUUUCGGUUAGAUUUCUUUGGUUUCUCGAAAUAACUUCAGGUGAAUGAAAGGGAUGAUUCCUUCAGCAAGGCCACGAAUGAUUCUCUCAGUCUUCACCCAUAUGAGCAAUUGUUCCAACGAUAUCGAUUUCGACAAGACAUUAAACGCUUAUCUUAUUUCCUUCGGUAUGGAUCAUGUUCACACACUGUGUAGUAGAUUGUAUGGCUGCAUUAUACAUUGUCCAGUCAUAUUAAUGUGAUCACCUGUCAAAAGUCUGAAUAAGCCCCUUUUGCAGUGCGAGACGUGCAGGAAAAAUGUCAGUGAGGUUCUGAAAGGUACCAACAGGUAUGUGGAACCGUCCAGACUCUAGUGCUGUGACUAGUUACUCAAGGUUUAUUGUUUUAGGAUCCAUGGUGCAGACAGUCCGAUUGAGGUGGCUGCACAAAUUCUUAAUUGGGUUUUAGUCUGGGAAGUUUUGUGGCCAGCGUAGUACGAUAAACUCAUCCUGAUGCUCUUAGAACCACAAAUGUAACUGCGUGUGGUGUGACACUUUGCAGUGUCCUCCAAGUAGAUGUCAUCGUAUCGAGGAAAAAAAAGAGCAUAUAGAGGUGUACAUGGUCCCCAAGAUAGAUGCAUACUUGUGUCGAUCCGUUGUGCCUCCCAGAAUAACAAAUUCACCCAAGUAAUCUCACGUAAACAUCUCCCCAUACCGCAACCUUCCCUCCUAGUUGAAGUGAGUUUGCUCUCAGCCGUUUAUCGCCAUUUACGCCAACGACCAUCUAUCCGAUGGAGAAUAAAACGUCAUUCAUCUAAGAAGGCCACCUUUCGCCACUCUGUGAACAUACAGUUGCGGUAUUGGCGUGCAAAUUGCAAGCUUCGCGGUCUAUGAACAGCAGUCAGGAUGGGAGCAUAAACCAGGCGCCUGCCCAACGGUCGCUCAACAGUCGUUGAUGAGACACUGUUGGUAGCCCCUUGGUUCAUCUGGGCGAUCAGCUGCUCAACAGUUGCACGUCUAUUCGCCCUUACAAAUCACCGCAGCUGUUGUUCACCCGUGUCGUCUAAGGCUUGUAGCGCACUACAGUUGGCUUGGCUCCCAUUUUUGAUAGAGCUCUUUGGCCAUUUAAGGUACACUGUUCGGUGGCAGGUGAACAGUUUAUAGCCGUAAUGGAAAUGCUUCCCCCCUUGGCGCGGCAGCCAUGCUCAUACCCAUUUGGACUUGAGAUAAAGCGCUCCGUUUCCGCAUUACGAUAAUGAGUGCGCUGUUUUUCGGCGACCCCACUACGUGCUUUAUAUGCACUCCAUUGUAAGUGCUGGCACUUACCUUCUGUCAGUGGUUAUUGCGCGUUGAGGUUACGUUAAUGUGAUCGGGCCAUGUAUAUUGCCACACAUUACACUUCUUGGCUCUAACACGGAAAAGGCGUAAAGAAAGGCUUCAUGUUGCUUCUUGUCAGAAAUAAUACGAGAUGAGUCACUAUCUCGGAUAAAGGAUUGCUCGUUAUUUUCGUGAAUAUGAAGAGGCCAAAGUGACGAAUGAAAUUCAUGGAAAAACUAAAUCAAAAGAAUCAGACAGUUUUCAACACGUUCUUCCCGCAAAUCAAUCCAGUAAAGAUUCCGAAUUAAUGUCACUAACGUGAAAUCAUUAUUCCAAUGAAAAUAACGCGAACUUUCGAGAUUCAUGUAGCUGAAAGCAAAGGGUGGUGUUUUCUUUGUUUGCCCAGUGAGAUAUAUAAUCGUGUUUUGUAGAUGAGUAACAAUAAACACAGGUAGAUAAUGUGAUCACUACCCUGAAUUCGUAGAACGAAAAAAAUGAAAAACUCUACCACGUCCGUUGUUACUGAAACGGUAACGGAAAUGUAUUUUUCAAUUUUCAGUACCUCCCUGGACGUCAUUGGAGUUGGCGUAUCUAAAAUGCGGCUACGCAAAGAUAUUAAGGACGUAGUUAAAGAGACAAACGAUGCCACCGUGACUCAGUUACUGACUGCAAUAGCUAUUAUUGGCAGUGGGAAUGGAAUACCGGAGGGGGAUCUAAGUAAACUGAGACUGUCAAAUAUUUCUGAGGUUGAAACGAGACAGUCAGGAAAAACUCUCUGCAUGUAAUGCUCAAUCUGAUCUCAAAGAUGAGGAGGUUUGUGAAAUUCAUGAUUUCGUUCUGCAGUGCGUUAUUGGACGCACGGUUCACUAGCAAGGAUUACCGUCAGAUUUAUUUAGUAGCAAAUUAGUAGGCUUAUUAAGCGUGUAUUCGUGAAAUGAUAGAAAAUAAAGGUAUGGCUGACUGUGUUACUCCACUGUUUUGCACGUUGGAGAAGGAAGAUUUUCGACUCAUUUCCUGAAAGAAAAACUAAAACACCUUUUACGUGUAAACGGCCUUGCUUUACGUUUGGAAUAUCGUCCCACUGUUGAACAAUGGCAUUUGGCUGUAUGAUACUCAAAAAUAACAUCAGGAGACGAGCGUCUAGUGUGUAGUUUCAGAUAACUUGCGAAUAUUUUAUCCCUCUUUUACAACAAAACUAUCUAGUCAUAUGUUGCUCAGCUGACAUUAAACUUCAGUAACAGCGUAGUAUACAAAUUUAGUAGGUAACGAUUAUACUGUAGUUCUUUAUAAUGAAUUGCUUUUUAGGACUGUGAGAAAUGCCCCGAGCUGUUCAUGUACUUGGUUUUUUUCUCUUAAAUAUCCUGUAAAUUGCGACGAAUCAACAAAUUAUUCUCAAUCUUAAAUUGUUAUUUUCAUCAGAAUCAAAACGACACAGGGCUUACAUAUCUAUAUUUUAAGACUUUUUUUAGUUCCUUGAAUUUAAGUAUAAUUCCCUUUCCAAAAGCAACUGUAAAGUCCUUACUGAGAAGUCCUUUGCCUCAAUAAGAGUAUAAGAGAAGACACCUGUAAGAAGAGUUUCACAACGCAGAAAAAUUUGCUACACGUUACUACUUAAAACUAAACUGUGUCACAGUAGCUUGUAUCAUUUGGGAAUACGCAACUGAAUUUUCGCUAUGAAUGUACAAAAAAUUCUUAUUUGCAUUUACCGUAUGAAAAAUUCUUGUUUGCAUAUACUUCUUAGACUCUACACCAUGCUGUUUAGAAACAUCUGGUGUCUUUAACGAUUCCUUCAAUCUGAUUGCAUACGUUGCUGUACGUAAGAAAUUUAUUUAUUAUGUUGUUGUUUCUGUGUAUGUCCCGGUAAUAUCUAUAAUUCGAGUUUUGCUAAGAGUUGGUGUCUGCUUGAGCAGCUUUUUCUUCCGAAGAUUAGUUACAAAUGUAUGUAUUUUUGUGAAUAAAUUCGUAUCUCUCCACUCA